GACGAGCACACUCCUCUCCUUAAAUCCCGAUGUUACGUCUAUCCCUCUUGCUCCUGGUCGGGCCACUGGACGCGCUCCGCGUCGCUGUGACCGGCGCUGGCGGCCAGACGGGGCAGCACGCCUUCCGGAAGCUGCUCGCGCUGCCCGAGUUUGAGCCGGUCGGGAUUGUGCGGAGCGAGGAGAGCAAGGCGGCGCUGGUCAAGUCGGGUGUGCCUGCCGAUGCGGUGACCGUGGCCGACGUCACCGACGAGGCCGCCAUCGCCGCUGCGCUCGCCGGCUGCGACGCUCUCAUCAUUGGCACCAGCGCCAAGCCGGCGCCGAGCGGAGAGACGGACGAGUCGACGGGCCGCCCCAUCUUUGGCUUCCCGAACGGCCAGCCGGAGGCCGUCGAUUGGCUCGGCCAGAAGUCGCAGAUCGACGGCGCCAAGGCUGCCGGCGCGAUCCACGUCGUCCUCUGCUCCUCGAUGGGCGGCACCGACCCGGGCAACAUGCUGAACGCGCUCGGGCGCGAGAGCUUGCCGGACGGCUCGACGAAGGGUGGCGACAUCCUGCUGUGGAAGCGCAAGGCGGAGAAGUACCUCAUCGACAGCGGCGUGCCGUUCACCAUUGUCCACCCGGGCGGCCUCCUCAACGAGCCCGGCGGCAAGCGGCAGCUCGUCCUCGGGGUCGAUGACGAGCGGACCGUCGGGGAGCGGUCGAUCCCGCGCGAGGACGUGGCGGAGGUGCUGGUGCAGGCGCUGCGGAUACCGGCGUACCGCGGCCGCUCCUUUGACCUGCGGAGCAUGAACGAGGGCGAGGGGGCGGUCACGACUGACUUUGCGGCGCUGCUCGACGAACUCGGCGGCAGAGACUGCGACUACUCUCUCGGCAAGAUGGCGUAGAGCGAGAGGACAGGUCGCGUGGAGCCGGGUCGCGUGCUCGUCUCUAGCGUGCUGGGCCGGGAAGCAUCUCGACCGCCACACCCGCACACAUCGAGAGUCCAGCUCGCACAGCGCCAUGUAGCAGCGGUGCCGCGCUGCUUGUGCCUCGCGCGCGUCGCGGCUGGCAAUGGGGCUGCCCGUCCAUGUCCAUGUCCAUGUGUGCCCCCAUCGCCCCCCACGCAUGCCCGCGCGCCGGCGGCCUGUCGCUGUCGCGCCUGUCCCCGUCUCCCAGUGUGUGACUGUGACGUGUGAGCGGCGCCGUGUCCUCGUCUGUCGAGCCGCAGACGGCAGAGCGGACAGCUCUCGGAGUCGAAAACGCGAAACAUGCUGC